AUGGCGGCGAGCACCGGCAGCCGUAAGAUCUACUGUACAGGAGAGCUGUUAAGACAGGUACAGAUGGCCAAAUUGUUUGACGACAACAAGGCCUAUGUGGAUAUGAAAUUGACUGCAGUACCUGAUAUUGUUUUAGAUGCCUUCUCCAACCUAACACAAAGGUUUCCAAAUGGGACAGUUCCUCCUUCAGAUCUACAAGUUUUUGUGAAUAUGUACUUUGCAAACAGUGGGAAAGAGUUUGAGCCAUGGAGCCCUCCAGACUGGCAUGCCAAGCCAAAACUGCUGUCCAAGGUAUCUGACCCAAAACUUCGCAGCUGGGCUGAGGAGUUGCAUGGUUUGUGGAAAUCACUUGGCCGAAAGGUCAGUAAUGAUGUGAGAGACAAUCCUCAAAUGUACUCUAUAAUAUAUUGCCCAUAUCCAGGCAUUGUACCAGGGGGACGCUUCACUGAGUUUUACUACUGGGAUUCAUAUUGGGUGCUAAAUGGUCUCAUAUUAUCUGAGAUGAUGGAAACAGCCAGAGGAAUGAUCCAAAACUUCCUACACAUGGUGGACAGGUAUGGUUUUGUUCCAAAUGGAGGGAGAAUUUACUAUGAGCGACGCAGCCAGCCACCCUUCCUACCUCUAAUGGUGGAGAGUUACUAUGAGGCCACUAAGGAUGUAGAAAUUCUCAGGACGGCUUUACCAUUGUUGGAAAAUGAGUACAGGUUUUGGAUGGAGAACCGCUCCAUUGUUGUAGAAGUGAAUAGUGUCGAGCAUGUCAUGAAUCGCUAUUACACACCUGUUGGCCAGCCCAGGCCAGAAUCUUACUUACAAGAUGCAGAGCUGGCAGAGGGCUUACCUGCAGAGGCUCAGGAGAAGCUGUGGACAGAACUGAAAGCAGCAGCUGAGUCUGGCUGGGACUUUUCCUCACGCUGGUACGUUAAGAACUUGGGCCAAAACGCUGCCUCAUUUAGGGAUACUAGAACCAGCUCCAUUGUGCCUGUUGACCUCAAUGCUCUCAUUUGUCGCAAUGAGCGUGUCCUGGCCACCUUCCACAGAAUUCUAGGUAAUGAGGAAAAGGCACUUCAAUAUGAGAAUGCAGUCUCUAUCAGGAUGAGGGCUAUGGAGAGUGUUUUAUGGGAUGCAAAGAAAGGAGCAUGGUUUGAUUAUAACAUGUUGAGUAGGAUCAGGAAUUCAGCCUUCUAUCCGACUAACCUAAGUCCUCUGUGGGCACAGUGUUAUUCUCAGCCUGAAAUGGGACAGCAGGCACUACAGUAUCUCAGAGGGAGUGGUGGUCUUGACUACCCCAAUGGUGUUCCCACCUCUCUGAGUCAGAGUGGCCAGCAAUGGGACAUGCCUAAUGCCUGGGCUCCACUCCAGCACAUGCUCAUAGACGGUCUGUCACAACUUGACUCGGCAGAUGCCAAAGAUCUUGCCUUUGAUUUGGCCCAACGGUGGAUUCAAACAAAUUGGCUGGCUUAUGUGAAAUAUGAUGCCAUGUUUGAAAAGUAUGAUGUCCUUGGAGAUGGCAAACCCGGAGGAGGUGGUGAAUAUGAAGUUCAGCUGGGGUUUGGAUGGACCAAUGGUGUUGCUCUACAGUUGCUGGACCAAUAUGGGAAUAAGCUGAGGUCUGGGGGAAGUGUCCUAGGUUCUAACCUUCAGAUUGGACUAAUUUACCCCACUGUAUACCUGUAUGCCAUAUUUUACCAUGGAUCAUUCUGAUAGUUAUGUUUGGAAAAAGGAUUUCUUGGAU